AUGAAAGCCAGAACUCGUCUACAAAUUCGACAAGGAGCCUACAGGAGAAAACGGAGUUUACGGCGCAAUAAACAUCGAUCUGCUCAUGAAGCUCCUCUCAACGCUAUCAGAACUUGGAAACGUGAUAAGAUCAACACGCAGGAUCCAUCAGCUUUUUCGGACGCAACAUUUGUGGAGCUAGCUGCGACACUACGAAAAUGCGAACUGCUGGCUGGUAUGGAAAUGGGUGGUAGUUCUGUAUCUCUAACUUAUAGUCGUUACAAUCCAGGAGUUGAAGCAACUGCUAAUGCUCCUGGAACGCCGUGCGACCCUGCAUUUCUAGAUGCCCUUGUCAAAGACUGUUGCGUUUUGAUUUGGGAAUUUCGCAGCCUUUACAGACAUACAGACUUUAACUCAAUGCACGAUCCAUUACCUACCAAGUAUGCCGACAUUUUCUAUGAUCUUAACACCGUAUUUGGCCAAUGUCGAAGACUGAAAAAGUCGCCCGAACUCUUCUCAACUUUGGCACAAGAGCGUCAAUUCAUCGCAAAGAUGAGUCGUAUAGCAGAAAUUGUAGAUCAUCUGCGGGAUGUUAUCAUCUUGAAAAAUGACGGUAAACUCGCCCAGAACAAAAUGCGAGAGAAGGAGAAAGAACUUGCCAAAGAUCUACCAUUCUUUUAUCCAGGACGGGCAGAUGGAAAAAACCCUUGGACUAGAUGGCUAGAGAAUUCUUCACCUGUGAUGCCACCGGGCUGGGUUGGAAUUCAGCAGAAAAUUCCACACAUUGGCGACAAUAUAAUUCGAAGAAUCACGACCAUGUAUGAACUUUACGAAAGGCAAUUUAGAGUUGAGAAACUGAUUGACAGCAAAGUGAACGACACCUUGCAUGAUUUUCCUGCCCCUGGAGACGCGUUCGAGCACAUGAACUACUCGAGAUUCUCAACUCUGGCUGUGAACUACGUGCAGUAUAAGACUGGAGACAGGCCGGAGACAGACAAAAAUGGGAUGUUGAGGAUUGAAAAGCUAGCAGAAGCCGUUCAACGAAGUUUUAGAUGGCAGGAAAACCCGACCACGAUGAAGCUCACCCACAAGCGACAGCAAAGAAAGUUAACGACUACUCAAUACCGCGUUUCAAAACCAGCGACUAAAUGCAGAAGAGCCAACGAUGCCAUGCAGUCACUGACAUAUCAUUCAGCUCCGUUCAUUUCUGAGACUGAGGGUGGCAUACAACAUGUUGCAAUGAAUGAGAGACAAACCGCAUGGGUUGAGGCUCCUCGGCGCUCGGUCAAUUCAUAUAUAUUGUUUCGUACUUUCUACAUGAUUUUGACAGUGCUUGGGAAUAUUCCGCAGAAGUACAAGUCUGCUAUCCUUAGUGUCUUGUGGAGUCGCGAUCCUUUUCACGCCAAAUGGUCCAUCAUUGCUCGCGCUUAUACUCUUAUGAGAGAUGCUGGUGUGAAAAGAUCCGUAUCCGAGUUCCUUGCUCUCGUGUGUCCCCACAUUGGUAUCCUAACUGUCGAUGAUUACCUUUCCGACCUCAACUGGACAUUCGAAACCAAUGAAGAAGGGACUGUCUGUCUUCGCCAAAAUUCUCCACCAGAGAUCGGCUCAUUUCCAGCACACAUUGCCAGAACUCUCUUAACAGAUUUGGAUAUUAUCACUUUUUGUGGUGCUCAAGGCUACUUGCCAGUUGCGACUGCUGCCAGCAUUGUUCAAGGUUGGAACCGUGUGCAUCCAAUGGCCAACAUGGCUAUUCAAGGCACCCUCCCUGUUACACAGCACAUUGCUUCCACUCAGAAUGCAUAUGGUGCCUGGGAAAUGCCUUCAGGUGUCAUAGUUGCUCCACCUCCGAAGCCAGCUUUCGAUCAGCCUCUUGCUUACAAUCCACAUGCUCUAAUACCAGGUGCAACAGCGUCAUUAACUGGUGCAAUACCACCACCUCCUCCUUGGUCUACUGGUAUGAUGGCUGGAUACUGGGGUCACGACAGUGGUACUAUCGACCUCAGUGCACUGGACACUCAGUUCGACCAAUUUAAUCCUACCUCUCUCGCUGAUGCAGGCGGUCUCUACAUGCCUGACGAUGCUCCUUCACCACCACGUGAGUUAAUUCGUUCUCUUUAUAUAUCCGUUCGAACUUUCGUGGUGCCGACGUUAAUUAUCUCGGCUCCACGAUCAACACACUCCAGCAUGGAGCUACCCAAACAUUAA